AUGCCUAAAAUCGAGAAGGCUCCUUCGUCGCACCGUAAUUCCAUCUCGACCGCAUCAGCAGCCGGGGGUAGCGGCACUCGAAGCUCCUCAUGGUCCGCCAAAGACGAUGAGAUCCUCAUCCAAGCCAGAGCCCAGGGCCUCAAUUGGAACCAGAUUGGACCAAAACACUUCCCCUCCAAGACGCCAAAUGCCUGUCGCAAACGACACGAGCGGCUGAUGGAGAGGCAAAACGCAGAGCAGUGGGAUGGUGUCAAGUUGGAUGUCCUAGCGCAAGCAUACAUGGACGUGCGGCGGGACAUGUGGAGUAUUCUCGCUGCUCGAGUCGGAGAGAAGUGGCAGCUUGUCGAGCAAAAGUGCAUGGAGAAAGGUCUGAAGAAUCUUAGCCAGGCUUAUCGGUCCGCGCAGAAGAAGCAGAACGACGGUACCUACCUCGACCACGAAGACAGCGGAAUUGGCGUUUCUGACCUCGAUGAAGAAUCAGAGGAUCUCCACCAUCACGUAGACAUGCCCAAUGUGUCUGCCCCACUCCAAUACACUACAUAUCCUGGCGGCUACCCUUCGCAACAGACACAAAGGGUGCCCAGUAUACAGUCUAUGCUGCAUCCACACCCACAUUCACAUCCGAUGCAGUACCCUUCCCAGCAUUAUUCCAACCCGCAAUGA